GUGUUUUUUAUUGAUGAUGUAAUGAAUUUGAAUUGCUUGUUCUAAUUUGUAUUAUUUUAUUAUUAAAAACAGAUUAAGACGUUACUUUAAUAACAGUUGGCGAUUUAAAAUAAAUGGAUUAAAUUUGCGAAUUUACGGCUGUUAAGUUUUUGUUAUCUUAAACUUGCCUAUCAAUGAAGGAGCGAUUGUUGUUAUGUUGGUUUUUGUUCUUGCUUGUGGCUUGGGUCUGUGCAGAAAAAAAAGACUCUAAAGAAGAUGAAGAAGAUAAUUAUGACCUAAAGACAGAAGUAAAAAAACGUGAACACACAGCUAGUCGUGUGUUUCAGUUGAUUAAUGAAGCAGCUAUGGAAAUUGUCGGAGCUCCUGAUCUAACAAAAGAAAAGCCUAUGAACUUAGAAGAUGAUCAGUCAGCAGAUCAGUCAAAAAGUUAUGAUUUAGACAGUAGUGAAAACUUACAACUUAUUAAGUUCCCUACUGAUGGAUUGUUUACUUAUUGGGCCGAUUUGUCCAAUGAUGAUAUAAGUUUACAAAGUUUAAGUGAAAAUUCUGAUGACAAUGAUGUUGAAUUAGAAUGGAAAGAACCAACAACAAAUGCUGUCAAUAUACCUAAUGAAGAAGUACAAACAUUAUAUCAAACUGGUUUACGAAAAUUAAAGUCUACACGUGGUGAUAAUUUGGAAGCAUAUGAUUACUUUUACAAAGCGAGUUUAUUAGGACAUGAAGAAGCAAAGGCAAAGUAUGCGUUUGCUUUAUUAUUUGGUUUAAAAUUCAAGCAAAAUAUUGCUGGUGCUUAUGAAAUAUUUAAUGAAUUAUCUGAAAAAGGAAACCCUGAUGCUCAUCUCGGUAUGGGCUUUUUGUAUGCUGUUGGUCUGCAUGUUCAUGUAAGCCAACCAAAAGCACUUGUACAUUAUGUAAUGGCUGCUGUUGGUGGUAAUGUUCUUGCACAGUUAGCUUUGGGCUACCGUUAUUUUGCUGGAGCUACUGUGGCGUACAGUUGUGAGAAAGCAUUAGAAUUUUACAAAUUUGUUGCUAAUAAUGUUGCCAAUGAGUUAUCCUUAUCUGGUGGCCCUCUUGUUCAACGUAUAAAACUAAUGGAAGAGAUGGAUAAUCCUAAUUAUAACAGUGGCAUUGUCGAUUCGGAUUUAUUGGACUACUAUAAAAUGUUAGCUAAUAAAGGAGAUACACAAGCACAAGUGGGAUUAGGCCAGUUGUACUUACAAGGUGGUAGAGGUGUACCAAUAGAUAUACAAACAGCCCAAUACUACUUCCAAAAAGCAGCAGAGAAUGGUAACGCUCUUGCAUACGGUUUCCUUGGAAAGAUUUAUUUAGAAGAACGUGAUGAUGCAGAACCCGAUUAUGAAAAAGCGUUGGAAUACUUUUAUAAAGCAGCUAAAUUGAAAAAUCCUGUUGGGCAGAGUGGUCUAGGUUUCAUGUAUUUAAGUGGUCUCAAGGUGACUCAAGAUUAUUCAGAGGCUUUAAAUUGGUUUACGUUAGCUGCAGAGCAGGGUUGGGUCGAAGGGCAUUUAUAUGUUGGAAUGAUUUACUACAAGGGUUUGGGUGUCAAGCGAGACUACAAAUUAGCCAUUAAAAACUUUGGUUUAGCAUCAAAAUCAGGAAAUUUGUUGGCUUAUUACCAUAUGGCACAAAUGCAUGCAACUGGUAUUGGUGUAUUGCGUUCAUGUCCUACGGCUCUUGAGUUGUUUAAAAAUGUAGCAGAACGUGGUAAAUGGGGUAGCUAUUUAAUGCAUGCGUACAAUGCAUAUAAAGAAAAUGACUUUAAAGAAUCGUUUGUACUGUACUCGUUUUUGGCAGAACUAGGAUAUGAAGUUGCACAAAGUAACACUGCAUUUAUAUUAGACCGAGGUGAUAUAAACUUGUGGGAAUCUGAAAAAGAACGUUAUGUUCGUGCAAUGAUGUAUUGGAGCCGAUCUGGAGCCCAAGGAUAUGCAGCAGCACAAUUAAAGCUAGGCGAUUAUCAUUAUUAUGGUCUUGGUACUAAAGUUGACUAUGAAAUGGCUGCCAACUAUUAUAGACAGGCAUCCGAACAGCAUCACAAUGCCCAAGCAAUGUUUAAUUUGGGCUACAUGCAUGAGAUGGGACUAGGAAUGGAACAAGAUAUUCAUUUGGCUAAAAGAUGUUAUGACAUGGCUGCCGAGACUAGCUUAGAUGCAAAAGUUCCUGUAUUUUUAGCUCUAGCUAAAUUAAACCUAUUGCAUACUUUUGGCCAUUAUUAUAAUGAAAUUUCUAAUAUCAUGACAAUAUUAUCCAACGACAUUGCUGUUCCAAUAGGUUUUAGUUGGGAUUUAUACUUGAUAGCUGUAUUAUUUGCGCUACUUUCAUACAUAAUAUAUUUACGAAGACCUAAUAGACAAGUACAAAAUACGUGAUGAAUGAGAUACAGUAUACAGUCAAACACACAUUUUAAUAAAAAUGUUUUUUCCCAAUAACUAGAAUUACUAGAAAAUUUCUUGUAAGACUGUACUGAGUAAUGAAAUAAGGUGGGAUGAUUUUUUUUUUAUCAAAAAUGUUGUUUAAUAUUUAUUAUCCUAUCAACUUACUGAUUAACGAGAAAUUUAAUAUAUACAUUUGAGUAUGUAUAUAAUUUUAGAAACCUUAAUUCUAACAUUAAUUUUGGUAGUAAUGUAAUUUUAUAUUUUGUUUACCAAAAAAUGUAAAAAUUAAUACAAGAGUAAUUUAAAAAACCUAUAAAAUGUUAUAAGCCUAUAUGUUUUUUUU